AUGGCGCAAGAAAUAUGUGCCGAACGAUCUCCUGACAAACUAUUGGACGAAGAUAAGGACAAGAACGCCGUCGUUCUGGAGUUUGAUUCGCUUGCAAAAAAUGGAAUUGGCGACCAAACUAUCAACAUUGCGAGUUUUGAAGCGGAACACAAAGUGCAUGAUGUAACGCAAGUCCUUUUCCAAGAGGAAGGUGAAGAAAACGACGGUCUAGGUGAUGACAAUGAUGAUGACGACGACGACAGUGGCACAGACAAUUUGAACGCUGAUAAGGGAGGAACCCAGCUUCAGCGAUAUGCGCGUCGUAAUGCGAGUUUACCUGAUACAUUUCAAACAAGCCAUCUCCUCUUCUAUGAAAGGUUCAAAGCCUACCAGGACUACAUACUAGGUGACUGUAAACCUUCAGAAGUCAAGUCCUUUACAGCCGACUACUUGAAAAAUGUGGUACCAUCAUUUGGUUGGCAAGCUUUAUGGUCUGCUGAGUUGUUUGAUGUUCUGGUGGAGGUUUGUGAUGUGGACUUCAGCGAACUAAAGGCCCGUGUGAAGCUCGUGCUUCCUCUGCAGUAUGAGGUCAGGGGAUGUGACUUUAAUGAGGAAGCCAUUGUAGCGUUGUUGGAGGCAACUCAGCACAAGGUUCCGCUGAUGGAACUUCAGAUUGUCUACGAUGAGUCAGGAGAAUACGACCAGACGGCCUUGGGCAUUGAACAUCUCAGAUUCUUUUACAAGCAUGUCUGGAGACUGUGGGAUGAAGAAGAUGAAGAUGAUGACUUUGAUUACUUUGUCCGUUGCGUGGAACCUCGUCUUAGACUACACUAUGACGUCUUGGAGGAGAGAGUCCCAACGGGUCUCGUAUCAGAAUACAAGAUCGUCUUGGAAGAAUGUACACAGUGCUUUCAGCAGUUUUCACUGCUACGCAACAGCCUCAGCGGUGAUUCUGACUCGGAGCUUGACAAUGUCUCCAUGGUGGAGGGCCUGAAGCUCUGUGAAAAGCUGGAAACAUUCAAACGCAAGUUGUACUUCAUUGAGAACCCGCUGUUGCGAUAUUUGCUGGGCUACAAAGGUGGUAAUGCCCGACAUCAGCUCAUCCAAAGUCGUGGGCUGAGAGAAUCUGGUCUGAAGGUUGCCCAUGUGGUCACUUGCUCCUGCACCACAAAUCAACUCCUUUCUCUGCUGAAUGACAGACUUCUCCAUCAGUUUUCUUCCGAGGACACUGAAGUCCAGUUCCAUCGAGACCCUGUUUCUGCGGUGGAUUCAUGCCAUCAGGGGGACAUGGUCUUUAUUCUCCCGGGAGUGUACAGUGUUACCAGCUCUAUCAUACUUCCAGACUCCAUAACUAUUGAGGGAUUUGGACUCCCUGAUGAGGUGGUGAUCGAGAAGAAAUACACCGGAGACUCAUUUAUUGUGUCUACAGGAGCUGAUGUCAAAAUGUUCAACAUUAAGUUAAUUCAGUAUGAUGCCAUUGAGGGGAUUUUAUGUGUGAGAAAUGGCAACAUUUCCAUGGAGAAUUGUGUGCUCCAAUGUGAGACCACUGGAGUUGUAGUCCAAACAUCUGCCCAUCUCACAAUGAAUAAAUGUGAUCUUUAUGGAUCCAAGGGGGCUGGUAUUGAGAUCUAUCCUGGAAGUGGAUGUACCUUGAUUGGCAACGGCAUCCACCACUGUAAAGAUGGGAUUCUCAUCAAGAUGAAUCAACCAAUGGACUUGGAUGUGGAUGUGAAACCUUCAAUCACCAUGGAUAACAAUGUGAUUCAUAAUAAUGAAGGUUAUGGGGUGAUUCUUGUGAAACCCACUCAAAGUCAAGACGGAGACAUUCCUUUUGACAAAUGUGAUGACAAAGAUGACCUUGUAAAGGCCGUUGAACGAAUGUUUGAAGGUGGAUCUCAGGAAAAUGUUGCCCAGCAACCCAUCACCACACCGAGCACAAUUACAAGCAAUUUGGAAGACGGUCAAUCGAAGUCGAUUGAUACUAAGAAUCAAGACAAUGUGAGUUCGGCAAGGAAUUGGCUGUUUUCUCAUCCACCUAGCAUCAAAAAGCAUGCAUCCUGUAGCCUGGCUUUGCAAGAAACAUUUGCCCACAAGAUAUUUAUCUCUUUUGAGGGAAACCAAUUCAAACGUAAUGGCGUUGGUGACUUUGGCACUUUUUUAUACUAA